UGUUCCUAGUCAAAGCACAAACUUAGCUGCCUCUCUGAUGCUUCUAAGAAAAAGCCUCCUUCUAACAGCCUCAGGAACUUAUUUCAAAUCCCAGGCCUUUGUCUUUCAUCUCUCUGCUCUUGGGGCUCUGGGUAGUGCCACAUCUGGUGGUGGUUUGUCUGAAAGGAAAUAAUAUGUAUAAUAGUUUCCUUUUUGGUCAUUUAAACCUAUCCCUGUGCUGGACAGAAUUUAACCCACUUCACUCAACAGCAGUGUUCUGUCACUAAAGUGCCCGUUAUUUACAACGAUCGGUCAGCUAAAGUCGCAGUGCUUUACCACUGGCCCCAAAGCUGCCCAGUUCCCUUAUUCGGACCCUUAUUGUUUUCAUUUACACAAAUAGUGUUGUUAUAGCUUAAACUGGAGGCUGGGAUUUAUUUCUUUAGAGCAUAGAAUUAUUUUUGAUAAGAAACUCACAAAGUCUAGUAAAUAUGGUCAUUGUCAUCAUUCUCUUCUCUUAUUCAUUUUUGGAGCCAUUAUUCUUGAAUUUUUAAAACACUGAGCUUUAUAAUUUAUUGUGUAAUGACUGUCAAGGAGUUUUAAAAAAACAGAACCAAAACCAUGCCAAUAAUAAAAAUAUUUAAUACUUUGAAUUCUCUCUUUCUCAUUUGGCUUUGGUCUCCCACCCUGGCCAUUCUUGAUAGUCUUGCCCUUGAGGUCUUUCUUUCUAUCUAUCUAUUUAUUUAUUUAUUUUUGGCUGCGUUGGGUCUUCGUUGCUGCUCAUGAGCUUUCUCUAGUUGUGGUGAGUGGGGGCUACUCUUCGUUGCAGUGCGCGGGCUUCUCAUUGUGGUGGCUUCUCUUGUUGCAAAGUACAGGCUCCAGACACGUGGGCUCAGUAGUUGUGACUCACAGGCUUUAGAGCGCAGUCUCAGUAGUUGUGGCACACGGGCUUAGUUGCUCCGCGGCAUGUGGGAUCUUCCUGGACCAGGGAUUGAACCCCUGUCCCCUGCAUUGACAGGUGGAUUCUCAACCACUGUGCCACCAGGGAAGUCCCUUCCUUGAGGUCUUUUUUUGUCUUUCAUUUACUUCAGAGAUGGCCAGUUUUAUUCUCUCUGGGCAUGUCCAUUUACGAUACUGAAUAUCUGAGAGACCAUGGAACUUGUGACAUUUUUUCUGUAUAUCAGAAUCUCUUCACACAGCAAACUCUUCAGCUACAGAAUGAGCACUGACAAUUCCUAAAUCUGUGUAUGUAUUUGGGGGAAAAAAAGUCCAUUCUGUAAAAAUCAUCACUUGCUUUUUACUCUAGUCACUUAAGCUGAUUUCAAUUUCUUCUUCCUUAGAGACAUUAAGAAUGUACAGAUACUUCAUUUUAGCCUGGACACCCUGAAAUGCUUAUGAUAAAACAGAGGGAAAUGUUUGUAGCAUCACAACAUGUUUGCUUAGGGCAGGGGUGAGCAAAACUAUGACCCUCAGGCCAAAUGUAGCCAGCGGCCUAUUUGUGCACAGGGGUUUUUACAUUUUUAAAGGUCAAGGAAGAACCAAAGAAUAUGGAACAGAGACUGUACGUGUCCCACAAAGUUUAAAAUACUUACUAUCUAUCUGACCCUUUACAGAAAAAGUUUACUGAUCCCUAGCUUUGGCUAGCAUCAUGUGUUAACAUUUAAAGCCUUGUAUUUAGAGCAGCUGGUAUCUCUUUGAACUUCAGACAUAAACUCUCAUUGGGUAUUGCCUGAUGUACCAGACUAAAUUGUACUAUAUUUCUUCCAAUUUACUAUUUAGUUGAUUCGAUGUUGGCACUAUUUAUAUAUUCUUCUAGCGGUUCUCAAUUCUUGCUGCAUCUUAAAAAUCAUCUGGAGAGGGGCUUUCCUGGUGGCGCAGUGGUUGAGAGUUCGCCUGCCGAUGCAGGGGACACCGGUUCGUGCCCCGGUUCGGGAAGAUCCCACAUGCCGCGGAGCGGCUAGGCCCGUGAGCCAUGGUUGCUGAGCCUGCGCGUCCGGAGCCUGUGCUCCGCAAGGGGAGAGGCCACAACAGUGAGAGGCCCGCGUACCGCAAAAAAAAAAAAAAAAAAAAAAAAUCAUCUGGAGAGCUUUAAAAGUGCUGUUGCCGGCCUUCCCUGGUGGCGCAGUGGUUGAGAGUCCGCCUGCCGAUGCAGGGGACGCGGGUUCGUGCCCCGGUCCGGGAAGAUCCCACAUGCCGCGGAGCGGCUGGGCCCGUGAGCCAUAGCCGCUGAGCCUGCGCGUCCGCAGCCUGUGCUCCGCAAUGGGAGAGGCCACAACAGUGAGAGGUCCGCGUAACGCUAAAAAAAAAAAAAAAAAAAAAAAAAAAUGCUGUUGCCUAGGCCCCUACACCAGAGAUCCUGAUUUAAUUGAUCUGAAGGGGGGCCUGGGCAUGUGUGUCUUCUAUGCUCUUAAGGUGAUUCUAAUGUUCAGGCAGGUCUGAGAACAACAGACCUAUACCACUUAAAGGUCUAUUUGUGGAUUGACAAUUGGACCAUAUUCUUAGGCAGUUUUUAUUCACAUUUUUCAUUAGAAAUAUAAUAAAGAUGCAUUAUACAAAUUGUUCUUUAAUUUCAAGACAGAAGUGUUGCUCAGGGAAAUUUUAACUGAGACAGUUUUGAAAUGUGAAGAGCAUAUGAAACAGAUAAUGCAGAGACCAGAAAAAUAUAAUUUAAAAGACAGGAACUGAAAGGAGCAUGCUGGAAAAAAAAGAAAAAGAAAAAAACACUCAGAAUUUCAAUACACAAAUCACUGAGUAGAUUUCUCGCUGUCUGGGUAAGUGUAUCUAUUUUCAAAAGUGCUAUUAACAUAAACAUAGCAGUAAAUCUGGGGCACCGGCCUUUUUUUUUUCAAAGUUGUUAAGAAGAAUUAUAUCAGUCUGCAGGUGUCACAUGCAGUUACUCAGAAUCAGAAAGAAGGCUGAUUGGGGGUUAGAAGAUCUCCAUCUAUCUAUCUUUUUGCAACCAACCACGUCCAGGCUGUUUAUUUAAUACUUCCUCUUGCUAAUGAAGGUACUGGUUGGGGAUGGGUUGGGCUUUCCCAUGUCGGCAUAAGACUGCAAGAUUUGAAUGUGCCCUGGUGUUGGCUUCACUGACCACAGCAGGUAACCCAGGCAAGAAUCUGAGCAGUAAUAACAGCAAGUGCGGAGGCAAGACACAUCAAAGCAGAGAUGGGAAGUGAAAGAGCUCUCGUUCUGGACAGAUUAGCAAGCAAUGUGGCAAAGCGAAAAAGCUCAAUGCCUCAGAAAUUCAUUGGUGAGAAGCGCCACUGCUUUGACGUCAGCUAUAAUCCCAGCUAUGUGUAUGAGAAAGAGAGUGAGAUGAUCCAGACCCGAAUGAUGGACCAGGCCAUCAAUAACGCCAUCAGCUAUCUUGGUGCCGAAGCCCUGCGCCCCUUGGUCCAGACACCGCCUGCUCCCACCUCAGAGAUGGUCCCAGUUAUCAGCAGCAUGUACCCCAUAGCCCUCACCCGUGCUGAGAUGCCGAAUGGUGCCCCCCAGGACCUGGAAAAGAAGAAUGUCCAGCUGCCAGAGAAGAGCCUGCCUUCUGAAAGAGGCCUCUCCCCCAACAACAGUGGCCACGACUCCACGGACACUGACAGCAACCAUGAGGAACGCCAGAAUCACAUCUACCAGCAAAAUCACAUGGUCCCUUCUCGGGCCCGCAAUGGGAUGCCGCUUCUGAAGGAGGUCCCCCGCUCUUAUGAACUCCUCAAGCCCCCACCCAUCUGCCCAAGAGACUCCAUCAAAGUGAUCAACAAAGAAGGGGAGGUGAUGGAUGUGUACCGGUGUGACCACUGUCGAGUCCUCUUCCUGGAUUACGUGAUGUUCACUAUUCACAUGGGUUGCCACGGCUUUCGUGACCCUUUUGAGUGUAACAUGUGUGGCUAUCGAAGCCACGAUCGCUAUGAGUUCUCAUCUCACAUAGCCAGAGGAGAACACAGAGCCAUGCUGAAGUGAAGAUCUGGGCCCAGAGAUGAUUGGCACCUGAGCAUUCAACAUCAUUUUUAAAAGCUGAUAAUACCCCUCGCCUAACAAAUCACUCUCAAAACAAACUCAGUUCCAAUCCCCUUUUCAUGCCAUUUUAGUGUCCAAAGGAUCACGUUCACACGGGCAGCAGAGAAAUGCUGUCCCCAUUCAGAAAUUGUUUGCAGAUAUAUCAUGUUACUACUUUUGUGAAACCUUUGUUUUCCCGUCAGGGACUUGAAUUUUAUGAUAUUUAAAAGCCAAUGAAGCAUUUGGUCAUUAUCUUUUGCAGCAAUAGACAGGCAUUCUUUGGAGUCUGUUGCCAACCAGAAGAGUCCCCUGGUUGUGCUGCAUGAGACAUUGUUUCUGAGACACAUCAGCCAUAUGUGGAAAAGACUUUUAGCCGUAUGCCCAGGUCCACAGAGAAGAACUGCUGACCAGCUGACCUUGCUGGGAAGGCUUGCCCUUCUGCACUUCACACAAGACUAAAGGGUUAGGAUAUAAACCUUCCAUCGCAAAUUAUAGUCUAACAAUAAGGAAAAGAACAGCCAUAAAAUGUUACCAAUAACUGAAGUCCCUAGUCUCCAAGCAUCAGAUCCACUUCUUACCACACAAGCAAAAAUAACCCAAGUUUUCUGAUGGUACUUCUGCUUCUACUCUUUACCCUCCCGUCUCCAAUUAAAAGCUGCUUUGAGUCAAACCAUUCAUGCACAGGAGAAACUCUCUCUCAGAGGAACUAAUGGUUUCAAUAUAGACUGUCAUGGGAACUCCAGGAGGUUGUCCACCAUGGGUGAUGGCAUCCAUUUCCUGCUAUCUCGAGUGGCAGGCUUGGUUCUGAGGCGGGGAGUUGUUUAGCAGCAGCACCCAGGGAUGGAGGGAAGGAGGAACAACCACCUGAAAGUUUUUCAUCUCCUUCAUGGAAUAUUGGUGGACAAACCCAAAGCACACUGGCCAAUGAUUUUUUGACCAAAAAAAUACCAAAGAAUCCUGAAAGUAUGACUUAGCCUCCCCCUCCCCACAGGAAAGGAACCGAGGAUGACCAGGAUCAGAGCUGAACUUCAGGAUGGAGUGAGAGGGGAGCACCUCUGCUGGCAGGAUAUCCUCGAUCAGGCAGGUCGGAGUUGGGGGGAGGGUUCCCAACCCCCAUUUUAAAUGGAGCUGUUGUAUUCCACAAAGAUUCCCGGAAGUCUGACCUUGGUUCUGCAGAUGUGUCGGUCAUCUUUAUCAUUAAUUAUGGGAGACAUGCUAUCAAGGAAAAGUGAUGUAAUAAGCGUAAAAGUAGGGCUUCCCUGGUGGCGCAGUGGUUGAGAGUCCGCCUGCUGAUGCAGGGGACACGGGUUCGUGCCCCGGUCUGGGAGGAUCCCACAUGCCGCGGAGCGGCUGGGCCCGUGAGCCAUGGCCGCUGAGCCUGUGCGUCCGGAGCCUGUGCUCCGCAACGGGAGAGGCCCGCGUACUGCAAAAAAUAAAUAAAUAAAAAAAAUUUAAAAAAAAUGUAGAAGUAGCACUGGACUGAGGGUCACAAAAUCUGCUGAUUCCAUAUUUGCCACUACUUAGCCAAGUGACUUUGGGCAAAUCACUUAACUCUUAAAACUAAGCUUCCUCAACCAUAGAACUAGGAAUUGGAUUCAGAUGUUCUCGAAGGUCCUUUACAGCUUUAAAUUUAUGUGAUUAUGCAGGAACCACAAUUAUUUUUUUAAACCUCUUAAUGUAUGGGUAUUAAGCAGAAGAGUAUGUAUAUGAAUAUACGUUUCACAUUUCUUUGGUGUGAAAAUGGAAGUAUUGUUAAGUUUUUCCUUUAACCACUGAGUUGUGGUGUGAAGAGGAUGGUGGAGAGGAACAAAAAACAGGAAGGGAUUUUGAUCUUGCCCCAGAGUGUACACACAAACGGGCACCUGCAGCUGCUUGCCAAAGCCUUUUUUUUUUUUUUUUUUCUCUCCUUUUAAAGAACCUAUGUUAGGGAAAAUAAAUCCGCUUCCAGGAACAACUUCAUGGAGGCUGUUUACAAAUUAAGAGUCAGCUGUGUGAACAUUUCUACCGGAGCCAAGAACCCACAAUUCCUGGUGGAUUAGCGUUUUAUGUAUCUGCCUUGAUAUUUCGAAAGGGCUUUAUGCAUUAGGCUCAAACUCAACUCGUUUAUGUGCUGCCAGUAAUUAAAAUGUUCCACCACAGACUGCACAAAUGGUUUAUCCUUCUUUGUAGCAUGGCGUCUGUCUCAGGAAAAAAGAUCUUGUGAAAUUCCAUGGCAACCGUCCCAACACGUUUGAGAUUUCAGCUAAAAGACUAGAUGUAUUUCGGUGUGUAGUCUUCAGUACCUCACUGUAUUUCCAUAAUCCUGGACUCCAAGCUACACCAGGUUGCUUAUACCCAUUGUGAAAGAAGAGCUGCUUAUUAUAUUCUUGAAAUAUCACACAUCAUGUUGACUCUUCAGGGGACAAAAGAAAGAGCGUUUGAAAGCAAGGAUUAGUAGGAGAGAAAGCUAGGGAAAGCGAGCAUUUCUACCAGCUUAGUGGGAAAGUCUUUAGUGAAGAGACCAACUCCUGCACCUUAAGAUAGUGAAACUAAGGCCCAUCCCACCAACCUGGGAACUCUGUAAGUAUAACCCUCAUUUCCUCUGUGAGUAAUGGAUUUUCUGAAUGAUUUCCAUUCUUCUGAGGUCAGUUUUCUGAGUGGGGCGACCACUCACACAGGCUGCACUUUCGUUGUCGCAUUCUGAGCCUGGACUGGGACAUGUCAAGUCCAGAGAAAAUGUAUACGUGGAAACUCCACAUUCUUAAAUCUUGAAGUUGAAACAGGUGGUAUGUAGUCGUUCCCACAACACAGGUAAACACUUACUUCUGCAGGCAAUCCUUAUUCUACUUAACCCCCUCCCUUGCUGGGGGUGGGAAAGAAGGUAAAGGAGAACCUUAGCAAGAUGCCUAGAAAGGAGGACCGAGGAGGAUUCACAUCUGACCCUGCUGGACAGUGAGGUCCCCUGGCAGCUUCCGACAGCACGUUUCCUUUCUCAGCCAGAGUCCCUGUGAACGUGAGCCUCAUAGGUCUUCUCUCUCCAUUUCCCACCAACCCUCUUAUUAGCCAGGCCCCCACCACACACCCAGGAGACCGAAAUCUGAGGAACAACCAAACCCAUGAAAAGUUCCCCUUACAGCCAAGGCGGCAGAAUUGGGAUGAGUGUGGAAAAGACCGAGAGCUGGCUCUCCAAAUGUUCCUUAUCACUAUUUGAGUUGUUGCAUAGGUGUUCCUCCUGGCAGAGAACCAAACAGAGGUGUCUCCCCCAUUACCCUCCACCAACACCACCAGGAAAAAGAGAGAUGUUAAUAAAUCCACCAGGCUUUCGAUUCCCUAAGUCAUUCUCCCAAAAAGAUGUAUUAGCCUUGACACAGAGAAGCUAGCUAAUCAUAUGCUUUGUUACCCAUUCUGAACUGUUCCUGACUCAGCUUCUGACUUUGUCAGUGACAAAAUGUCUCACCUUUUAAAUGCAAGGCUUAACAUUUUGCCAGACCCAGAAGUAAAGCGACCUCAGAUUUCUUUUGCAAAGAUAAAUGUUUAAAAACACAAAAUUUUACUCAGUUGAAACGCUGUGUUAUUAACAAAUCUCACGUCAACAUAACAUUUUUUCCAGGUAGCCUCUGUAUCACUGUUCUUAUCCUCUGCUUUUUUUCCUCCUGCGAAAUGUGAGAUUUAGAAUGUUUUCAGGGGAAAAAAGCAGUACUUCUGAUCUAUAUCCCAGGACAGCCAGUAAGACUGUAAUGGAAAUGUUAAAUGUUUAGUGUUUGAAGUCCUAACUUUAAAGUGUACUCCACUAUGAGUAGGUACGUUGGUCUCUAGUGGAGAUUUGGAAACUCUGUGAUACUUAAGAUUUGAGUUCUCAGAGUGUCCAGGCUCUUUGACAAAGACUCAGAAUUAGGAGUUUGAGCUCAAGAAGAGACAAGAAAGUGGAGUGAUGAAACUUCUGUCCUAGAAAAUAGAAUUAGGCUGUGCAGAAGACAAGAGAUACACAGUGAUCUCUCUUAUCUUUUAAAGAAUUAGGAGCUAUUUUUGUGCUCAGACAGAAAGUAUAGUUCAGAGAAUCUCUAUAGGCAGAGUUCAGAAAAGCAGAAUGAUUUGGGAUUUAAGUGCCUGUAAAGAGGACAAUUUUGACCUGAAACCAAAUGCUAAACCUGGGUCAUCCCAGGGAAAGGACUCUGUUCUCUAAGCCUAACAGACUGAACAGUUCUGAGAAUGAUGAGUGAACCCAGGGUCGGAGACUGUGGACUUGGAAGAGCCUAGAAGAGAGGUGUAGGCUUUCGACUUGUAUGAGCUCAAAGCACAAGACUGUACCUCUGUUUACCCAAGCUGUAUAUAGCGUGUCCCAUAUCAUGCCAGCAACAUGAGAAACAGGGGCUUCCCUGGUGGCGCAGUCAUUGAGGAUCCGCCUGCCAAUGCAGGGGACAUGGGCUUGAGCCCUGGUCCGGGAAGAUCCCACAUGCCGCGGAGCAACUAAGCCCAUGUGCCACAACUACUGAGUCCGCACGCCACAACUACUGAGCCUGCGUGCCACAACUACCAAAGCCCGUGCGCCUACAGCCCGUGUUCCACAACAAGAGAAGCCACUGCAAUGAGAAGCCUGCGCACCACAAGGAAGAGUAGCCCCCACUCGCUGCAACUAGAGGAAGCCCGCACGCAGCAACGAAGACCCAAUGCAGCCAAAAAUAAAUAAAUAAAAUAAAUAAAUUUAUAAAUAAUGAAUUUUUAAAAAUUAAAAAAAAAACAUGAGAAACAGGUCUUUGCACUUUGAAGAAGCUGGAGGCAAGUUUCCUCUGAAUAUUACAAUAUUGGAGUGUCUUAUAUGCUGAUAUUGAGUUGUUAUUUGAAACUGGAAUGUUAAUGUUUUGAUUUUUUUAAAUGUAAGGACAUAACAAUAUCUACCUCCCAAGGACGUUGUGAGGUUUCAUGUAAUUUUGUCUAUUAGGUAAAGUUACUCUGUUUUUUGUGUGCGUGGGGGCAGAUUUUGUUGGAUGGUUGCAAAUUUUCCACUAUAUGUACUGUUUCUGGAUUUAAAGACAUGGAAAAUAUUCAAAGACCAUACUAGGACUGUGAUAGUAAUUCACUUGCCAAUGAAGGCAACUGAUCGCUAACACACGUUUCCUUCAUGUUGUUUUAAUGCCUAAGAGUAAAGAAUAUGCUGAGCCUUAGAACCAAUGUGUGUGAACCACAUGGUACAGAUACUUCAUGGCUUUGAAGCCAGCGAAGUAGCCUAGCUUUGCUCCCUCACCGUCUUACGAGCCCUCAACCGUUAAUUCUUCAAGCGAUUUAGAGUUUCCUCAAAUGGUUCUCGCUGUCCAUCUCUCCAUCCACCCCACUCUAGAAGCCUGGAGAGCAGUCCCAUGAUGCCACCCGCCUUCUCCCAAGCCCAUGCCAUGCAUCUGGGGGGCCUCGUUCAUUUUCUGAAUACGGGUGCAGCUUUGCUUCACCCUCUCCUAAAAAGACUGAGAACAGACAUUUUGACAUGUUAGGAAAAUGGGGCAGCCUUAAAAAUGACUGAUCCCAUUGCCAAUGACUCAUUUACACAAGGACUUUUCCAGGUUAGCAGACAAGGUCCUUUUCGGUGGGCCUGCUUCUGUGGGUUCACAGAAACCAAAUUACUGUGGGUUGCAAAGAAUUAGCAGGUCAUUUGAAAAGCAGACAUCCCUUCACCCAGACUGUGGUUUUGCAUGCUCAGGUUCUCAGUCUGUGAGCUUUGGUGAGGGAUCCUUUUGGCUACUGGAAAAACCAUAGUUUAUUUUAAAUUUCUAGUUGCCAAAGCCACCACACGUGUGGUCUGUGGAUGACCCUUGUCUGCAGAAUGAUGGGGCGGGGGCGGGGCAGAGAAGGGAACAUGGUUUGGGGCUCAGGGUGGCCUUCCCACCAGGAGUGAGGGAGAGAGAACUUGCCGAGUGGUUUUGACACAGCCUGUGCUCACAGCACGCUCAUCUGGGUUUCUCAGAAAUGCCUUCCCUGCCCAGCAGUGACCUUCUCUCUUGACUCCUCUCGGAUUUUACCUGGAGUCUGACCCCUUGGACCCCUGUAGUGCCCUACUCCUCUGUAAAGACUGUGUAAAGAAGCAGCUUCUGCAAUGUAGCAAUGCUAGCCUUCCAGAACCGUAAUGAAUGCAUUCCCGCGUCACAAACAACCCUGCUGAUAGUUUUCAAAGUUUCUGUAUUAUGUUUGGUUUUUACACUGAAAAAUAAAAAAAAAAAAUACUGGUGUGUUUAAAAUUA